AUGCGAAAGACCGCCAAGCCUCUACCUCCGAAGGUAUUCCGACUUGUUGGGCUAUUUGCACUAGUGGGCGUGAUCCUGAGCAUCGUCGGCGCAACAAAAACCUCCAAUAUUGCCCAUGGCCUUGUCACCACAGAAUCGAAGGUUGGGCUCAUCUUCUAUCUCAUUGCCUGGACCGGCGUGUUCGGACUUUUCUUCCUGAUUUUGAAACGAACUCAAAGUAUUGAGGACGGAGAACACCGCCUCCUCCUGGCUGUUGGAGUCUCUCUCCCCUUGAUCUUCGUGCGAUUAAUCUACUCUUUCAUCUACACCUUUGGUCAAAAGACCGAAUUCAAUAUGCUGUCAGGAAAUGUCACAAUCCAGCUUGUGAUGUCUAUCCUAGAGGAGAUUUUCGUUGUUCUUCUGUGCCUGGGUAUCGGCCUUACACUUCAAGUACGACCCGCCGCGGAGUACACGCAACAAUUCAGUGCCUCCAGCGAAGAAGAGAAUUCAUUGGAGUUGGAGAGUGGCCAUCUACAGGGCCGAACCCGUGAAAAGCUACGAGCCAAAAGACCAAAGCAUCGGGGUGGUCCCGUUACGAGACUCGUAAUGUUUAUUGUGGGUGAGGUCAAUGACCGGAGGCAAUGA